ACGGUAAAUGUCAAAAUAUAACCUGCGAAAAAUUUUUUAGUCAAUCACAUUCAGAAUUUUAUGAAAACAAUUUCAUUCGGACGUCGUUCUGGUCGUUAUGCAUUAGUUGCACUCUCCCUUGUGGAUUCUUACUUCUCGUUUUGAAAAUUUUAAUUUAAAACUUAGGAAUGUUUUCAAAUGGCCUAACAUGCAACCUCCCGUUUAAUUGUAUGAGCGUGACCAGGGAUUCUGGUUCAGAGGAGUUGUUGCCCAGUAAAAUGGCCCGGGAACCUGUCCUGUUGAAUGUUUAUGAUAUGUAUAAGAUUAACGAGUAUACAUCUAAUAUUGGUUUAGGAGUUUUCCAUUCAGGAGUUGAAAUUUAUGGUAUUGAAUAUGCAUAUGGUGGACAUCAAUUUCCAUUCACCGGAAUAUUUGAAAUCAAUCCAAGAGAUGAAAAAGAAUUAGGGGAUCAGUUCACAUUUAGACAGACCAUUCAAAUUGGUUACACAGAUUUCACAGAGGAUGAUGUUAAAAGGAUUAUAAAUGAGUUGGGCAAGGAAUUCCGUGGUGAUAGAUACCAUUUAAUUAAUAAUAAUUGCAACCACUUCUCAAGUUCCUUAACUAAAAUUUUAUGUGGACAAGAAAUCCCGCCGUGGGUGAACCGACUUGCGUACUUCAGCAGUUGGGUGCCCUUUCUUGAAAGGUGCCUGAAAAAGGAAUGGCUGAUGCCAAUGGCGUUGCAGCACAGCAUCAACUGUCGACAAGAUUCCACUUGUUCGGACGCGUCCACGCCCCCCUACUAACACCAGAAUUGCCAAAACACCAACUAUGUUUACAAAACUGAAAAAAAUAUUGAUGAAAAUGAUGAAUGAAUUAUGCGUUUAACAGUUUUUAACAGUUAGUUUUCCUGAUAGCACUAACAUUAAGAUUCUUUUUGUGUGAUUGUGCAAUGGGACUGUCCUCAGAACAAUAACAUCACAAUGCCAAAUUGUCCGUCUCAUUGCAGCAACGUUUGUCUCCAAUGUUUAAUCCCCUAGUCUAAAUCGUUUUGUGACUGAAAAAAAAACUGUGUUUAUUUUUUAAUAGUAGUGAUGUGUCCGUUUCUCUGUUUUUAAAUUACACUUUACAAAUAUUAUUGUCUUACUGAAAGUAUAGUGUAAUUAAAGAACACAUUUUUAGAAAUAUUUUGUCCCCUAUAAUAAUCAUUUAUUAGAAUCUUUCAAAAAUUUAUUGUGCGGUUAUACAAAUUUAGAUAGGCCUUAGGCUAAAUUAAUAAAUUAACAACAAAACAUAGAAUUGUUAAUGGUGUGAAUGUUUUACAGAUAUGUUAGAUUCUAGUAAUAACGAGAAAUGGCAUUUGUUCGACUUCCGUUGUCUAUUUUUAUAAAUCAAUUGCAGUAUCUAUUUUAAAACAUUCAAUGCAAGUGGUUUAUUAUGUUUAUUUAGAUAACAAUUCGCUGAAUAUCAAUUGCGCAUUUAUGUUGCUUUAUUAAUCAUUCUAACUUUAUUUAUUCAUACCCGAUAAUUCUAAAUUUAUCAUACAACUAAAAUGAUCACUUUAACAUUGCAUCGUUUUGUUAAAAACUGCCCCAAAAAUGUUAAUGGAUGUGAAAGUUUUUAUAGACUGUGAAUUCAGGCACUAAAAAAAGUACGUUAAAAUUAAUUUUGUAAUAAUGUUAUUGAAUAUUUCUAAGUGGCCUAUAUAAAUUUGAAUACGACAUUUGAUUUGUAAAUGUCCAAAGAAAAAAGACUGUACUUUAAUUUAUUUCACGAUUUAAUUUUACACCUAAAAGAAAACCCAGCCUCGUAACAUCCGAAAAUUAAAUUGACCGGGUGUUAUAGAAAACAUUCUCUCAUUAUCAGUACAAAGUAUAUCAAUUUUUCUUUGUGUAAGACACCAUUAUGGGCCAGCCAACAAUAAACUGUGAAAGUGAUACAGCUUUUAUGGUGUUUUAUACGGGAAGCUCAAGAGAACAAAAUUAUAUGAAAUAUACAUAUAUAAACGCAAGGUUUACAUACUUGCAUGUACAUAAUGAUGCACAAUGCAUUUCCUUUUUUUCAAAAUAUGUGAAAUUGAAGGUGAAUCUGUUUAUUACAAAGGUGUUUUAUAUAUAUUAUUUAAUACAUUUUAAUUGAUUUAAA